AUGGCAGCUGGAUAUGGCAGGCGAGGGCUGGCCUGCGCAGAGAGAGAAAGCGAGAAAUGUGAUACACUGACAUGCAGGAGGCUCCCCGUCAACGUGGCAUGGCAGCGGACCGAGGCCACGACUGGUCUGGAGCGCCGCACAUGUCGGGUAGGGGACCGGACUUGCAGACUUGCAGUGAAUAGUGAUCGAGGGGCACAACCCAUGGAGAGACUUGGACGAGUAUGCGGAUGGAGGCCCGUCAUCUGUGCCACACAAAUCCACCCAUAUCCGUACAUGCAUAUCUUCAGGGAGGGAAAAGAAACCCCAGGAAGGGGGGCCCAGACACAGUCGCCGAACCAAGGCGAGCAAGGGUCGGGGAGCAUCGUGAGCGCAAGGAUCAACACCCGGGGGGCCCAGCGAGCGAAAAAUCUCCUCGAACCUCUUGCCCUGGAAGAGGGGCCUGCUCUCGUGCUUUGUGCAGAGGAGAGCCCAGAUCACAGAUGCGGUGGCAGGGGCCAGCAUCCCACCGGGAUUGAGAUGCCAUGCCUGGAUACCUCCUCGCGAUGCCACUGCGGAACCAUGGUAGCGUAG